GGGCGGUGAGGAGCGGGCCCGGAGCUGCGGGGUUUGGGCCGCUCAGCCCCGCACAGCCCCGCACAGCCAUGGCGGGUCCGCGGCUGGAGCCCGAGCUGGCCAGGCAGCUCUUCUUCGAGGGCGCGGCCGUCGUGGUGUUGGGAGUGCCCGAGGGCACCGAGUUCGGUAUCGAUUACAGCAGCUGGGCCGUGGGCCCCCGGUUCCGCGGCGUCAAGAUGAUCCCGCCGGGCCUCCACUUCGUGCACUGCAGUGCGGGGCGGGCGGGAGGCGGCCGGGAAACGGGGCCCCGCACCGGGUUCUUCCUCAGCCUGCAGCGGCGGGAGGUGCGGGUGCUGCGGUGGGACGCGGCCACCGAGGCGGUGGGGCCGGAGCCGCCGGGCGCGGGGGAGGCCGAGGCUUUCCGAGAGAACUUGCGGGAGAUGGAUCCGUUCCUCGGGCCCUACCCCUACGAGACGCUGAAGAAAUGGGUCUCGCUCAGCAGCUUCAUCAGCGAAGCGGCCAUGGAGAAGCUGCAGCCGGAGAGCGGGCGGAUCUGCGCCUUCUCGGAGGUGCUGCCGGUGGCGGCCGGGAGGCACAGCCGGGACCGGGCGGAGCAGCGGCUGCCGCCGGUGGACACCGAGUGCCGGAGCUACGCCGAGGGGCUGGCGCGGCUGCCCCGCAUGGAGCCCAGAGCCGGCACCCAGAUAAGGUUCACGGAGCUGCCGAAGCAGAUGUACCCUGACGGUGCCACUCCGGAGGAGAUAACGAGGCACAGCAUGGACCUCAGCUACGCUCUGGAGAGGGUGAUGAACCAGCGGUACGCCAGCCAGCCCCUGGGACUGCUGGCUGAGUUGCAGUUUGCUUUCAUCUGCUUCCUGAUUGGAAACGUCUAUGAUGCAUUUGAGCACUGGAAAAGACUCCUAAACAUCCUGUGUCGAUCUGAAGAUGCCAUAGGGAAGUAUCAAGACCUUUAUGUCAAUCUCAUUUCUGUGCUCUAUCACCAACUCAAUGAAAUCCCAGCUGAUUUUUUUGUGGACAUUGUCUCCCAGGACAACUUUUUAACCAGCACCUUACAGGUGUUUUUUUCCUGCACGUGCAGUGCUGCUGUUGAUGGGACCCUAAGGAAAAAGGCUGAAAAAUUCAAGGCUCACCUAACAAAGAAGUUUAAAUGGGACUUUGAGGCAGAGCCUGAUGACUGUGCUCCUGUAGUGGUUGACCUUCCUGAGGGUGUACAGGUGGACUAAGCAAAAUACUUGCUUAGAAAUAAGAAUCUUUCUAAAAUUAAUCUUUCUCCACAUCUUCUCCAACCUUGCCAACUUCCUAAUAGCUGUUUCUGAAGCCAUCUCCUCUUUCUGCUGUAGAAGCAGUUGUGGAAAACCUGGGAGUACUCCUAACUUUGUGAGGAGAUCAGAACUAUUGGGGGAAUUUGAAAUCUAUCAUGCAGCUACUUUGGACACCUUGGUUUUUUUCCUUAGCUCUUUGGCUGCAUCUCUUCAUUCUGGGCUUAGGUGACGUCAACAUUCCUCCUGGUUCCUUCCAUCCCCCUGGACAUGACACCCUGUUUGGAGAGUACCUGUUGUUCACACUUCAAGCCUUUGCUGCACUGAUUUGAUGCUACCAGAACUAGAAGUGGAAGCCCACAUGAGAGGACAUAGCAGUUCCUGAGAGUGUGAACUUGGGUGUGAAUUAAGAAGUUCUGCUCUGCUGAGGAUUGCAUUACAGCCAUGUAACCAUAACUGUUUCAAAACUAUUGGGUGCUCAUGCUGCUUACUGUGAUUUAUUGCAGUAAUCUGUUGUGGAGGAGGACUCUAAAGCCACAGCAGAACUCCUCCCAUUUCAUACCCCUGAGCUAUCUUCUUCCUCCCAUUCUUCUUAAAGCCUUUUGAAAUUCCUGCUGACACUGUUUAGCCUGAUGUAGAAGAAAGUUAUCAGUUUGGUACCAAAAAGUAGAGUUAUUGGACAGUAAUCACCCAGGUCUUGAAAAAGGGAGCCAGCAUAAAAUGAAAGGUCAGACUUCCAUGUGAACUUCCCCUGAUUUGUUGUAACUGGAAAUCUGAAGUAUUUUCACUGGUGCCAGUCUUCUUUAUCCCUAUUUCCCACAGGUAGGCUGUAAGAAAACUUGAGCUCAUUCAGAGCUUCACAGGGACUUAUUUCUACCACUUGCACAUUAAUUUUCUUACCUGUUAGACUCCUUCAGGAACUUGUCUGUAUGCAUGCCUAACAAGAUAAUACUGUUUGUUAGUCUUUUAUAGUUAAAAUAAAUCUCAUGAGAGCCUUGCCUACAGAAAACAUCUGUACAUACAGUUUCUCAGUAAUUUAGCCAAAGCUUUUGGUGAUGCUGCCCUCACUGGAUGUCCAGUGACCCCAGAGGUAACAGCACAAAGGUGUCUGCCACAUCCUCACACGUGGCACAGCACAAAGCAUGGUUGUGUUCUGGGAAGAAGGGGUGUGGUGAGGUGUUUCCAGGUAAUUGGGGACUUCCUACUGGAAGAGCUGUCAGCUCUGCUCUGUUGCUUGGGGCAGUUUUCUCCUUUCCAGGGUCCUGCAUGCUGCUGCCCUGGUACCUUGGUUUAUCCAGUGUACUCCAUAUUGACCUUAUUGGCCCUUAGGGGAGGUUACUCUGAUUUGGCAGGUGUUUUCUUCUUAAAUUCCAUGCUUCCCUGGCCUUGACAUCCUAGAGGUGUUUUGUACUCUGAUGACUGUGCUCUCCUCUUGCCUUCUUGCUCUUUGUUCAUGCCUGCAGGCAGUGCUGGUUUUGCAGUUGCCUGUUAGCCAAAUCAUUUGUCAUGACUGGUCCUUCCAGCUUGGAUGAAAGAUGCCUUUUGAGUUUGUUGGCUCUUUGCACCAACCUGAUGUCUG